AGGGGGUGAUCGUUGGACCAUAUAACCUUCCGGACCUGAUUGACAAGGGACAACGCAAUUACACUAUACUUAGUUACUACUGUAGGGAUUCAUGAAUGAACAAAAGUCCAACCUCUUCAUAUCUUUCCCGAUACGAAGCCAAUCUAUGCUGCCUCCUCAUUUCAACGUCAUCAACCAUACACCCUUCACGAUCAACAACAACAACAACAAACACAAUGCAUCCAAUCUAACCUAUACACCCCUGCGUUCUCUGGUGGUUAGUUCUCCUUCCGCUUACCUAUCACCACCACCACCGACCCCCCAAAAGGAACCAGAAAGAAAGCAAGCGCAAGCCCAAUAAACUCCCGGAAAGAAGAAGCCGGGCCACCUGUCAGGGACGGAUCAAAUCCGGAUGAGGGUGCCCCUCCUGCAUUGUACUUUCGUAUCACUGGU